AUGAUGGUCGCUUGCCUGCUCCUCUCCAGCAUCUACACCGUUGUGUCAGGCUCUGUGCAGGUGAUGCACAGAAAGAUCCAGUCGGUCCAGGCAGGAGGAAACAUUACUUUUUCAUGCCGGUCUGUCACAAAAGAAGAUGUGCUACAGGUGACCUGGCAGAAGGAGACGGACGGAGCUGAAGACAAUAUAGCAACUUACAGUACGCUGAAUGGCCAAAAGAUAGCAAAGGGCUAUGUCGGCCACGUGAGAUUUUCCCACAGUGAAUUACAAGCCUCGGCCAUCUCCCUUCACGGAGUCACCCUCCAAGACGAAGGAUGCUACAAGUGCAUCUUCAACACAUUUCCCUCGGGGGCUGUCACCGGCAGGAUGUGUCUCAAGGUUUACGCCAUCUCGGACCACAAAGCAGAAGCUAAGCUUAUACCCAGUCCAGACAAGGCUGAGGACUCAGAGAAAGUGGUGGGGAUGAGCUGCUCAGCAACAGGGAAGCCAGCUCCAAAAAUCACCUGGCAUCUUCCUAGUGUCCUUCAGCAGAAACCAAGGGAGUACCACAUCAGACUCGGCAACCAGACCGUGACAGUCAUCAGCAAUUUCACCCACACCCUCUCCAAAACCCUCCAGGAGUACCCCAUCGCCUGUGUGAUCCAUCACCCCUCUCUGAAUGUGACCCUGGUCCUGCCGAUGGACAGCCUGGUGAAGGGUCAUCUGGACAGCAGGGUGGCACCAACUAUUGCCAUUGCAGUGGGGGUGCUGGUCCCCCUGACUUCCCUCCUUCUUCUCGCCUGCCUCCUCCGCCGCUACCUCAGGCACCUACGUGACCCGGAAAGAAACCCAGCCUGGCCAUGCUGGCGCCUGGAUUUGGUUGGCAAUUCUGACCCUGGGAAAGGGGACCUGAGUGAGUUGCCACAGCUUUCUCCACUAUGUGCUGUGGGGUUUACUGCAGAGCAUCCCUUGGCAGGCCCCCGGGUGCUUGCUCCAAGUCAUGGAGACCUCACCCCUGAGAACAGAGGCACUGUCGCACCCCUGGCUUACCCUUUCUGGAACGAGGUGAGAUGCAAAUGUACUCGGAGAGGAGGGCCCUCAGCCAAGCCUGCCUUCUGCAGAGUCCCCUUUCAUAAUCCAACUUGUGGUGUUGGUGUGCUUGCGGUGAAGAGGUGGCAUCUGCAGGUGUCUCCACACCACCCUAUUGGUGGAGAAACAUCUGCUGUUCUUGCUUGGGACUCCCCUGUGCCAGGUCUGGGGGAGGAAAGCCACGUCCCUGAGGAGCUUGGUAUCGGCGCCCGGGGCAGUGCUCAGCAAGCCGCGGAGGCAGUGAUGCACAGGCAGCGCACACCACCCGUGCUUACGGAGAAGAUCCCGCUUUUACACCUUGUGAGGUGCACGGCCUCAUGA